CAGAAAAUUAACGGAGAAUAAUUUUUAUUUAAUAUAUUAUGGCAGGUGAAGUGGUUGUUGAUGCAUUGCCGUAUAUUGACCAAGGAUAUGAUGAACCGGGCGUACGAGAAGCGGCGUUGGCGAUGGUGGAAGAAGAGACACGACGUUACAGGCCGACGAAAAAUUAUUUGGAACAUCUACAACCUUUGUGCAUAACUGGUUUCGAGACGGAGGUAUUGAAGCAUGAAUUCGAGAGGAUGCAGAAUCGCUUGCCGAUGGAAGUACUUAGUAUGAAACGUUACGAAUUACCACCACCUCCAUCUGGCAAGUUAAACGAUUUAACUGCAUGGAAUGAGAGUGUGGAGAACAGCAGCGCGCAAUUGGAGCAUCAAGCUACUAGAAUCUGUAAUUUGGAACUGAUGAUGGAUUAUGGUUGCGAAGCAUGGAAAUCCUACUUGGAAGUGUUGGUUCAGAUGCUAGGUCAUGCUCAGAAGCAGCUGCAAACGCUGAGGAAAAAAAUUCAGGAAGUUAACUGGCAAAGGAAAUCAAUGCAAACUCAAGGAGGCGACAAACUGAGAGCUCUCGAAGCACAGUGGGUCAGUUUGGUGUCGAAAAACUACGAGAUCGAGCAAGUCUGCGUACACUUAGAGGAGGAGAUGCAAAGGGUAUUUUUAAAUAAAGAGGCUGUGGAGAUUAAUGACGUACCGGCAGCAGAAGGACCCGAUGUGCCAGGUAACAAUGCAACAGAAACUAUGGCAUUACAAAUGCAGCAACAGGAGAAUCAGGAUGUUUAGUGUAAUAUAAAUUUUUAUGUAUAUAAAUAAAAAUAAAUAAUUUAUACAGAGAUUUUUGACAAUGGAUAUUGUAUCCACAAAGAGCAUUCGUGGACGCAUUAUGGGGUAUAUCUAUAAUAAAGCAGAGUUUAUUUCAUUAUAGUUUACACAUAUCACACUUGUGGUUUAUGCUUUUACAAUAUACAUAUGUACACGACGGUUAUCGUUAGCGCGAUACACUACUAAUUAAUUAUUUGUAAUUUACGAUGUG